AUGUCGCUUGACAAGAAGGAGCCCGGAGAUGGCUCCGAGGAGUCGGUGGGUGUCAACUCCCCUUCUCCAGAGCCUGGGAACGACGCACCGCAAGAAAAUGCUGGCCAGCAAAAGAGGAAGGGGGGCCGAAAGCCGAUCUAUGCCACUUCCGAGGAGCGCAAACAGCGAAAUCGGCAAGCCCAGGCUGCAUUUAGAGAGCGCCGGACUGAGUACAUCAAGCAGCUAGAGGAAACCAUUCGAGCUCAUGAGACUAAUUUGCACACUUUGCAAAUUGCCCACCGUGGCGCCGCGGACGAAUGUCUCAUGCUGAGAUACAAGAACUCGUUGCUGGAACGCAUUCUCCUGGAAAAGGGUAUCAACGUACAGGCGGAACUGCGCGCAAAGACGGGGAGCCCUCACCUGGGGCCAACCCACAUGCCGAACAUGGCCCAGGCACCAACAGCCCAGCGGGCGAUGAUGAACAGGCAUCACCAGGCCAGACGAUCGAACUCAAGCAUUGCUCCCAAGCUGGAGCCGGGCGCGACUCUUCAGUCGCCUCAGUCGCGCCCGACGCCAUCUUCUCACGCCUCUUCCCCCACACCACUCUCCCCUGGCUUCCUUCCCCCGAGUGUCAUGACGCCCCCAGCUCCCGACUCGCAGAUUCAAUAUCAACAGCAGCAGCUGCAUCAACAGCAACAAAGGCUUCAAGCGGCCAAAUUACAACACUCUCAAGGAUUGCCAGGGCCCUCCGGACUGGGUGAACAUGCUCGAGGAAUGGGAGCCCCCGCGGCCUCAGCAGGACCGGGGAUCAGCGAGACAGGUACGGGAGGACUGGCCCCUGAACAGGAGUACGAUGCGCAAGCCGACAUGGUUGACGAUCAAGAUCCAGCCGACUCCGGGCCAGGCCCCUACCCCGAAUCGAUUCCCGCGACGACGCAGCAAUACCAGCAGCUCGGCAAUCCAGCACAGGGCCAAGGCAUAGAACAGGGUGAAAAUCCUCAAGGAUAUGCCUCCAUGACACAGCAGCCCAUGGAGCCCUACGACCCGAUGCUCGACAUGGACCCCUUUGGACUUUCUGCUUCAAUGCAAUUCCCGACUUCCUUUUCUUUUGAUACGAGUUCGAUGAGAUAA